CGGAGAAUAUUUGCUCAAAGAAGAGCCGCUACAAGCAGCGACUACUGGCCCGCCACCAUACCUUCAUUGGUCGGAAGUGGAUUCAGUCGCUCCCGAAGGCGCUGACCGCACCCACACUCUACCUUUGUCCAAAGCAGUGCCCGCGUCAAGGCUGCGCUGUGUAGUUGUAACUCCUUCGAUCCCUGUUGGUUGAUUGGUUUCGUGGCAGCCAGACAACGGCCUCUGAGUGAAACCCCGCACGCUGCAACCUCAUCACCACCAUCAUGGCGGGAAAGGCUGUGUUGUUGGUGGUUGUGCUGGCUGUGCUGUCGUGUGUGCCGCACAAUGCAAGGACUGCUGCCAUGCCCGACUUUGACCAGAUCAAGGCCACCUUGCACGGGCAGAUCAUGGCUGACGCAGAGUCCAUGCUUCCUCCGCCAACGUCGACUUCGACCACAACGACCACAACGACUAGCACAACGACGAGUGCAUAUCCGAGCAUGGACAGUGAAAACAGAGUCCUCCUGCGCGGGCGACGGACCCUUGAGGAUAUCGUGUCCAUUGAGAAGCUCGAGCCUGUGCGCCGGUAUGUCCCUGCAUCACGGCUGACGGACUUUGUCAACGUGGACAGCGUCGCCGACUUCUUUCCCACGACACGCGCACAGGACUUCACCUUCUUCAGGCUCACAAACGCCAACGCCGGCAACGCAUCCACCAUUCUCAACACCGACGUGCCUCGCAAUGCGUGCAUUGCCGUUGCAUCGGCAGAGAGGUGCGUCGACAGCACGUGCACAAGUCUCAGCAAAAACGACGUCCCGCAGCGCGUGUACUCGUGGCAGCCCGUGACCCAGGCAUGGACAGACGCAGGUCCCGGUGCUGCUGUUGAGGCGGGCACGGGCGUCAUCACCGGGAACGGCAUCGUUGGUCUGACACACUUCUCGCCUGACAAGGAGCAAGACAUGAUCAUUCCCGCGUCCUUCUCCAGCGAUAUCACCAGCACCAACUUCAGGCCGUUUGAGCAGUGCGGCGACGUUUGGCGUUACCAGGGCGAGGGCCAGGGGUACCACAAGUACCUCGACUGCGCAUGGACGACCCACGGUGCGCGCCACGUGGAGCACUUCGCCAUCAAUGGAGAGCACUUCAUUCUGCAGACGAACAUGGUCAAGCGCCAAUACUUCCUGGGGCAGGUGGUCAGUGAGACCUUCACGAGUGUGCCCAACUUCAUCCUGAAAUGGAGCGCACGCACGACGGACAACCAGGGCCAGGAGCAGCAGCAUGGCUUCUUCCUCACGGGCGGGGAGCAGACCAACGGUACCCUAUCACCAGACGAUGCGGCGUACAACGAGAACAUCGGCAACAACGGUGCCAACGUGUGGCAGGUUUUCGGGUCCCUCUCUGGCGUUGUCCAUGCCAAGGUGUUUGAUAUUCGCGGAGAAACGUUCUUGGCCUUUGCGGAGUACGUCUCCGACAAAGCGUGCACGUCCUUGGACGCGCAAUCCGUCUUUCCCUCUUGCUGGGACGUGGAGAUUUCGUCGCACGUCUUCAAGUACGACCCUCGCAGCGACAACCCGCGAGGCGACUGCAUCGCACCAGGCAACCCGGCAGGCUGCCAGGAGUUCCAGGGCGAGUUCAAGCCGUACCAAACGCUGCGCACGGUGGGCGCCAGGCACAUUGAGGCGUUUUCCGUCUCAACCACGGGCAGCGUGCAGCACUUCCUUGCCGUUGCCGAGAGCCACGACAACGGCCUGGAGACGGCCUCCUCCACAAUCUACCGCUGGAACGGAUACCGCUUUGGCGUGUUCCAGAAGCUCGACACGCUGUUUGCGGAGAAGUUUGAGUUCUUUGAGAUUGAGGGGCAGGCGCACCUCGCCGUCACCAACCGCGGCUGCCCGCCAUUGGAGCGCAACACCUCCUUUGCCGCCUGCGGCACUGCGGACUCAGCCAACGUCGGGCGCACGCAAGUGUACUACUACGACGUGUUCACGGACGAAUUCCGCCUGCUCAAGGAGACAGCGGAGCUGGGCGAGCUGCACGCGUACGGCAGCAGCACGAACGAGGACGGUGCCCUGGUGCUGGAGAACGGAGGGCAGGGCCCAGUCGGCCUGGCCGUGUUCCAGCUUCCCCGCUUCGAGCUUGUUCGCUUCACGGAGACGGUCACCUACGUUGCCGUGGCCAACGCGCGCAUCCUCGAGACCAAUACGGUCGGCUCGUGCCCCAACACCUCGCCCGUGCUGUGCUCCCGGCCGGAAAACCUCUUUCGUCUCCGGUCCACGGUCACCAUGGGCAUCGCCAACUCUGUCACGCAGGUGUCGCAGCAGGCUGUGGAGACGGAGCUGCAGCUCAGCGCCCUGGCCACGCAGGUCAACGGCGGUGAAGGCCUAACAUCCUCUCUUGUGCGGGAGUAUGGCCUGGAUCUCCGCCUCUACGGUGCCUCCAGCUCAGUGGACGUCAAUAUUGGCGGCGAGCAAUAUGUCAUUGUUGGAUUUGAGGAGGCGUACAUGACUGCAGAGGAAUGCGUGGACAUGUACGUGAACCGCAGCAGCCCUGCAUACGCCUGCGGGCACCUGAAUACUGACUCCUCCAUUGCUACGGAAGCGCAGUGCGCGUCCACCUGCGACCAGUCCUCCAGCACUUACGACCCUGUCGUCCGCAACCACCGCACGGAGACAAUUGUCUUCCGCGUUGCGCGCGGCACCACCCGUCCACGCCUCCAGGAGGUGCAGCGGCUUCCCUCGCUUGGCGUCUCUGCCCUCCACGUGUUCCAGACAGAGGCCAAUGUCACACAGGAGGUGUUUGAUGCCUGCGCAUCAGCCAUGAACCCUGCAGACUGCAUUGAUGCCGCCACCGCGGGUACGGGCGGCGAGACGGUGCUGGCUGUCGUGAACGCCAAGUCCACCUGCGAGCACAGCCUCGUGGAUGAUGCGCCAUUGUCGCCCGACCCGGCCAAGGCCGUUACCCUGUACGUGUUCAGCACGUCCUCCAAGAAGUUUGUUGAGCGGGGCAGGGUGCACACCAUGUGCGAGCCAGCCAGCAUCACGACGUUCACCACGGAGUGCCAGCGCACGUCUGGUACGCACUUCGCCGCCCCAGCGUGUGCGCAGUACAUGGCGCUUGCGGAGGACUGCACCGCGUACAACGAGUACCUUGUGGCCAGGGGCCAGAACGACACUGACCACUUGAUCCCCGGAAACCACCGAAUCAGCUUCCACCGCCUCAUGGAGCACGGCACUCUCACAUACAUGCACUGCCAGCCGUACCCCGACCCUGGCGACGAGCGCAACCACGCCGAAUCCCCCUGCUACCAGAGCCCAGACAGGUUCCGCCAAGCGGGCGUUGCGGAUGCUGGCGACGAGCACGCCUACGACUUCCCUGACCUGCUGCCAACAUCUGCUGUGCUUGGGCAGGACAUUACGGAAGACGGAACAGGGUACUUCCCACGACUGCGCGCCACGCCAGUUGCCAGCAUCACCGCCGGCAUCUCCAGGGCCCGCAAAAACAUCUUCUACCGCAAUGACCGUGGCACGGAGGAAGCCAUCCCCGUCAACGACUUGGACGGGCAGAGCAUGUCACCGUACUGGCUCAACGGCCGCAAGCGGUUUGAAGUGCUGCUGAGCGUGUCGUACGACCGCCGCCGCGCCGCACCGCAGGUGUUCGGGCUUCGGGCGCUGCAUCCCCGCAGCAGAGCUUGUGCAGGCCGACACGCCACAACGCCACGACGCCGGGCCUUUGAGGUGGCCCAGGCCAUGAGUGGAGCCAUCACCUCUGGCGGCACGCAGUCGGUCUUCUUUGAGCGCCAGACCCUGGACGGGAGCACGAGAUCUUACGCCGUGUUCGCGGAGCGACACACGCGCACCACGACAGACACGGACGCAGAUGCGCCGGCCGGCUACCUGUCCUCUGUGUACGUUGACAGCGCUUGCCACGAGUACACCAAGUUUGAUUCGACAGACCCGGAUGUGUCCUCCGGCGGCAUCUUUGCUCCAGCCGUGGACAUUUUGCCCGGGGUCACACUGCCGGCCAACGACACGGAGUGGUGCCCGUACUCCACACAUGUGGACCACUUCCUUGCAUGGGAGGCGUUUGAGAACCACUACCAUCCUGUGUCCCCGUGCAAGGGACGCAGCUACAACCCCGAUGGCCCCACGUAUGGCGUCUACCAGCGCUUCUACAACCGCCUGCCGCCAGCCAGCAUCCGCGCCCCUUUGUCCGAGACGGUGACCGCCACACCCCGCGCGGGCUUUGCCUACCCUCGGUUGCCCGAUGAGGUGCAGAUCCUGCCCUCCUUCCAGUUUAGCACGGCCGACUACGUGGAGCUCUUCAACCGAAAGGACGAGGUGAUGGGCAAGCUGCAGGACUUGGCCACGUAUCAGGCCAAUGCUGUUGAGGCAGUGGAGGUGUGUGGCAGCUCGAGCCAGCUCUGGCUUGUGUUUGGCAACGACGGCUGGGAUGUGCAGUACAACAGCGAGGGGCUCCCUGUUGGCGGCAUCACGCCGCCCGUGCAGAAGCGGUACCUGUAUCGGUGGAACGAGAACUACGCCGUUGCGUCGGACGGGCGCACGUGCUCUGCCGCCGCGGCUCGCGAGGAGCUUGCCCUGUACGGCACCGCUUAUGCGCAGCUGGGCUGCUUCGAGGCCGUCGAGCUCUCUGUGCCCGUCAACUCGGGGCGCGCCAUUGCUGUGAGCAUGUUCUCUGCCUACGGCUGGCUGGUUAUGCUGCAGAUCAACGCGGCCGAGGGCCAGGCGGAGGACCCGGCACCUGCUUUGUGCAAGGCGGACACGACCGCGAACUCACCUGCAGGCGUCAGCUCCUACAGCGCAGUUGUGGACCUUGCGACUUACGGCGGCUCCUCGUGCCGUGUGCACGUGCAGGAGGAAGCGGCCACCAUCACACGCCUGGAGCUUGAGGAUCGCGUGGCAGAGACGGUGUCGCAGACGAUGAAUGCAAUUGCAGAGGUCAUGCAAGUUGCUCUCAACAGCACAGCGCCCCUCAACUACACGGCGCUUGACGAACGCUACGUCACCCUCAACACCGACCAGGAGAUUACGGGCACGAAAACGUUCUCGGUGCUGUCGGCGGACGCAGCCAUCAUCUCCAACGACCUCGCAGUGGAGGGUGAGCUGGAUGUCGCGGGAACAGCAACGAUUGGCGAGAACUUGGACGUCUUUGGCACUGUGGACGGUGUUGAUGUGAGCGUGUUCAAUGAGCAGGUGCGGGUUGACGCCGAGGACACGGCAUUGAAACUGCUUGAGCUGACUGAGCUCAGUUGUACCCUCAGCGCUGACGUAGACAGCCUUAACAGCAACGUCUUUGGUACAUCGGCCGCCGGUGCAGUGCAGUGUGUGGGCGUGGUGAAGGAGACGCAGUGCUACCCAAAGGAUUCGCUCAAGACUGAUGGGUUUGGGGGCCUGUUUGCGGACGUUAGGCGUGUUGUGGAGGGCCAGCUCGCGCCGCUGGCGUUGAACGUCGAGGUGGACAGCGUGCGCAUGUUCCCGAAGAACACGCGAGCGUACCUUGUUCUGAAGGCGUUUUCGGCGAGCAACUUGACGGCGGCGCAGGCGGCCGUUGACUUGGCGACAUACUUCUCCCCACUGUACUGCCAAGCUGACACGAGCGCAAGCGCACAGGUCGGAUACACGCUCGUCACACAAGCCGUGCGCUUCGUGCUUGUGUCGUGUGAUCUGUGGAGCCAGGACGUGCUGAACGAGCUCAAACUGGCGCUCGUGACGUCGCUAUCUGAGUACGCCGUGCGGGCGACGGACAUCGACACGCCAACCAUUGUGUGCAACACAGAUGGGUCGUCACGUCUUGACGUGCAAGUGAAGGCCGCCAACGCCUACUCUGCCGAUGUUGCUGCUGCCCUCGACUCUCAACCAUUGUGGACGGACACAUACCUGUCGCUGGUGCAAGCGCUCCCUUCCUUGUUCGCCAACGUUGCGGACGUUGUUGAGUACAGCCUUGACAACUACGCGCCACCAGACUCGGCCAUCACGACGUCUGACGACGACUUCUCAGGGGACAUCAUGCCCUAAGCGUCAUGCACCCACAAGCCACGCUCCUCUUCACCAUUUGUUCUGCCAUGAAGGCUGGCGUUGCUGUCGACAGAGUGCAUGUGUACUAGUGGGCGAGUGAGUAAGUAUGUGUGUGAGUGAGAGUGUGUGUGUGCGUGUGUGUGGCGAUCACUUGCAAGCAUGUACAUAGGUGCAGGUGUGGUUGUUUUUGCCUUAUCCUUCCGCGUUUGCUUUGUUCGUGUUAGCUCACUGUGGACGAGGUUACGUGUGUGUGCAUGUGCGCAAAUGCGUUUGUUUGCGUGAGGGAAGGAGAGAGUGAACUGCUCUGUAUUAAGAGAGAGUGUGUGCGUACGUGUGUGACUUUGAACGACCGCGUUGCGGGGGGGGGGGCAGUGGGGGUGGGUGUGUUGAUAUCGGAUGUGCAGAACAGAUAGGGUGACUGUUUACUUGUAAUCGCAUGUGCACAGUGAUGGUGUGAUGGUACACAAUUCAAGCACUAAACCAAGAUGAUCAGAA